CUCGCCAGGUGAGUGAUCCCUCUAAACCAGUGGUUCUCAAAUGGGGGUACGUGUACCCUUGGGGGUACGUGAAGGCACUCCAGGGGUGUGAGGGUCAUCAGGCCUGAUGGGUGGAAGCUGCCGUGAGGGUCAGUACCGGGAUGCUUUGAUCAAAAAAUGUAUUGGUUGUCAGGCAGUAUGCAAGCAACCACAAGUCAGCGCCAGAUGCAUCGUUUACUGUGAGUCUGCAUAUUGUAAAGCACAGGCUGGGCACUACUAUGAUAUGCUGCUGAAGAAAUGUGUGAGGUGCGCUGAGGUUUGUGGGGGACAUCCAGCGGAGUGCUCCCAGCACUGCCAGAAUCCAUCACCUCCUGUGACCACUAAAAAGCUCCUGCUUCCAGUUACCCCAUACAUGCAAAAUUUGGCUCCGACAGCCUUGGAAGACUCCACUAUCAUUCUCUACUCCAUGCUGGCCCUGUGCAUGAUGCUGCUGUUAUUUAGCUUGUCUCUAGCCUUGGCAGUCUUACUGAGGGGAGUAAAGGCCAAAAUCUCCAAGCCAAGACCCAAGGGUAACCACCACCAGGAGGGUGUGGUCCAGCCAGCGGAGGACGUUGUCCAACCGGGGAAGAACUCCAAAGAUUUUGUGACAAAUUCAAACCACACCACAGACCGUGAACCAUCAUAUGACUCCAGCCCCUGUGAGACCUGCGCGUGUGUCCACUGUUUCCCCCAUCUGAAAGCUCUAGGCCAGGGCAACGACAGGCCACUGAGAGCCCCUUUCUCAUUCUACCAGCAGGCUGUCCUCCAUAAAGCCCCGACCCAAAAUGGAGGGCCUCUCUGGAAUGAGGAGAACCUGUACAGAUCUGGACCUGAGGUACAGGAGGAAGCUGUAGUGGGAUGAGGCUCAUUUGCUGUCUCACGGGACAGCUGGAAUGGCCAAAUGGGCCCCCAGCUCACAGGAGAAGAUAGUCAGCGUAUUGAAUUCUCAAUCACAGGCCAGUAAAAAGCAUACUUAAUGAAUAUCACUGAAAAUGGGGCAGUGAGUAGACUUAUCAAGAUCAUGUUCUAACCUUAAUGUUGAGGGUCCAUGUGUGUUCAGGGGCCUCGCAUAAGGUUUUUGGGGCCUUGACACGCCAACAGCAAAGAACUGAUAAAGAUUAACUGACGCUCUGCUUCACAAUGCCCUCAUGACUGCUAAACAUUUCACUUGAACGCGUCACAAAGACUGCUGCUUACUGGAAGCCAUGCAUGUAUGUCUGAUCUAGUAUUAUUGAAAUCACUGCUUCAUUGGGCUGAACAGCACUCUCAGGCUGACUGCCACCGAUUCAUACCGCCGAAUGGCCGUGACAAGGACCAACUAGUGACUACAGGUUAUGAUAACCAACAUGAGGUCAAUGAAGGCUGAGAAGCAUUCAACUGCUAACUGUCAUCUUCAUAUCACAUUUCCAUAAGACAUCAUUUCAGAAACCCAUAGUCACAGGCAGACACUACUUGUGCGUCUCUGCACCCUCAACAUAUAUAUUGCUUUUCCACCAAAACAAGUUAAACACAUCACACAUCAAAUUUGUUGGGGUGGGUAGUCCAGUGCGCGGUAGUGGUGGAGUCCUCUGUUAGUACUAUAAGUAUAUAAAUGUGUAUGUGCGCACACUGGCACAAAUAUGUAUAGUGUGUGUAUGUGUCUAUGUAUGUUAAUUAUGUGUACAGUGGUAUGUAUAGAUUUGUGGGUUGAUGGAUGGAUGAUUCAGAAUCCCCUUGUACUGGUUUUGCCUACAAUAAGUAAAAAUAAAACCUUGAUAU